AUGCGCCAUCCCUCUCCAACAUCACAUCUCUCCAGCUCCACUGUUCGCUUUAACGUUCGUGACACAAAGCAAUAUAAAUUUCGGAUGGAUUAUAUGUGGGCACAAUCGUUCAAAACAUUCUACCGCCUUCAUGAUAUGGCUACAAACUGGCACCAGGCACGGCAGAUCUGUGAAGUCGAAGGCACGUCCCUCUUCGUGCCGGACAAUUUGGACGAAAUGGAAAAUUUAAAACUUCUAAUCAGUAACAUGAAGGCUCACUAUACCGCUAUAUUUAUUGGAAUACACGACCAAUACGCUAGUGGAGAUUAUGUUAAUUUAAAAGGCGAACUAAUAAGAGAUACAAUUUUAAAUCUCCUUUGGGCUCAAGGCUCUCCAGAUAAUUUGAAUGGCACAGAACAUUGUGUAGUAAUGACAAGAGAAGGACUUUUUGAUGACAAGCAGUGCAGUGAUAUAUUUCCAUUUGUUUGUAAAAUAAUGGGUAGUAAUAUAAAAUAUAAUGAAAACUGUGAUAAUUAUGACUCAGAAUACAUUAAUGGAGGUAAUGGUAAAUGCUAUAAAUACCACGUGGAACCGUUAUCCUGGCACGACGCGUAUAUGGUCUGCAAGGCAGAAGAAGGCAAUCUAGCUAUUAUUAACUCGGCUUCAGAAGCUACACUAAUCAAUAGCUACCUUGGACAGCACCUGAAUAGCAUUGCUCCGGAUCCCAAUAUAUUGCAUAUUGGAUUUAGUGACCUUAUGUUUCCAUAUCAAUACAGAACUAUAAAAGGACAAACUUUGGAGGAUGCAGGAUACUCUUCGUGGAAUCCGGAGAAGGAAGGCUCGUCGUUCACAAACACAAAACGUUGUGGGGCAAUUUCCAGGACGGGAUUCCUGCAAGUAACCUGGUGCGACCGUCCUGCUAUGUUUCUCUGUGAAAAAAAUAUAAAUAGUACUCCAUAA